AUGGGGAAGGAUCAGGAACUGCUGGAAGCUGCUCGCACUGGGAAUGUGGCUCUGGUGGAGAAACUCCUCUCUGGGAGGAAAGGAGGGAUCCUUGGCAGUGGAUCUGGAGCUAUCCCCUUAUCCAGCUUACUGAGCAUCUGGCGAGGACCAAACAUAAACUGCACAGACAGUUCAGGUUAUACUGCUUUACAUCAUGCAGCUUUAAACGGACACAAGGAUAUAGUUCUCAAAUUACUUCAGUAUGAAGCAUCAACUAAUGUGGCAGAUAAUAAGGGUUAUUUUCCUAUUCACUUGGCUGCUUGGAGAGGAGAUGUAGAUAUUGUGAAGAUUCUCAUCCAUCACGGACCAUCACACUCCCGAGUGAAUGAACAGAACAAUGAAAAUGAAACAGCACUGCAUUGUGCAGCUCAGUAUGGUCAUUCAGAAGUUGUUGCUGUUCUGUUGGAAGAGCUGACAGACCCUACAAUAAGGAACAACAAACUGGAAACACCUCUGGAUCUGGCAGCACUUUAUGGACGUCUACGUGUUGUAAAAAUGAUCAUUAAAGCGUAUCCAAACCUGAUGAACUGUAAUACAAGAAAACACACUCCUUUGCAUCUUGCUGCACGUAAUGGCCACAAAGCUGUUGUACAGGUGCUUCUGGAGGCUGGAAUGGAUGUCAGCUGCCAAACAGAAAAAGGGAGCGCACUACAUGAAGCAGCCCUAUUUGGAAAGGUGGAGGUAGUACGCAUUUUGCUUGAAACAGGAAUAGAUACCAACAUAAAGGACAGUUUGGGUAGAACAGUUUUGGAUAUACUUAAAGAACAUCCAUCUCAGCAGUCACUUCAAAUUGCAGCUCUACUUCAAGAAUAUAUGGAAACAGGAAAUGCAAGUAUUUCAGAGGAACGCCCGCUGGAAUGCGCAGAACGUCAGUCUUGCAUUUUGUCCCCAGAAGUUCCUCCAUCUCCAAAGGCUAAAAGUGAAGCUGUGACUGGAGAAUUAUCAAAGCUCUUAGAUGAAAUCAAAUUGUGCCAAGAAAAGGAAUACUCUUUUGAAGAUCUGUCUCAUACAAUAUCAGACCAUUAUCUGGAUAAUUUUAGUAAAGUAUCAGAGGAAGAACUUAUGACCAGUGGAAGCCAAACCAAGCUUAAUGUAAGGCCUUCUUCAAUGCGUUUAUCACCAAGGGAGGAAGAUGAUGAUGAUGCAGGUGAAAAUACAUGUGGUCCUUCAGGUUUAUGGGAGGCAUUGACACCGUGUAAUGGAUGCAGGAACCUCGGAUUUCCCAUGCUUACACAGGAAUCUUAUUCAAAGAAGAGAGGUUAUGCGUUGGAAGCAAUAUCCUCUGUACCUCUGGAUGCAGUUCCUUCAGAAAAUGACAGCAGUCACUGUGAUUCAAUAGACGUAGCAGUGACCAAAAAGCCUUGUUCCCUAGAGAUAGCAAGAGUUCCUUCCUCAAGACCAGAUAAUGCACCUCAGGUAGCAAUUACCGCACCAGGAUCUGGUAACCAUAGAAACAGCUCUACAGGCCCAACACCUGACUGCUCUCCUCCAUCACCAGACACUGCACUUAAAAACAUAGUGAAAGUUAUACGUCCUCAGCCCAAGCAACGUACAUCCAUAGUAUCUUCUCUGGAAUUUCACCGAAUGAAUCACAGCCACGAUUAUUUUGAAAUCAACUCAUCCAUUGGCUGUGCAAGUUUUAUUUCUACUCCUGCAGUCAGUCCAGCUAAUUAUUCCUUUGGACCUCUGGAAUACAGUCUUGAAGAGAAAGAACUUCCAGAGCAACUUUGCCAGCGUGAAACAUCCACUGAAAGUGAGUUUCCAGAAGGACACCCCGCUGAGCAGUUUGCAGGUUUACUUCAUGGAUCAUCACCUGCAUGUGACCCACCUGAAAAUCCACUCCAGCUGUACAGCAAAGUAAACCUGUGCAGUGGUCCGCUAGAGAAAAGCAUUUUGAGCAAGAGCACGGUGCAGCAGAUACAGCUACGAAAAGAAAGCAGCUCUGAUCCUCCUGUUAAGAAAAAAAAACCACCAAUUGUAAACAGAACCAUAUUUCAUACUAAAAAUAAACCAGUAGAAAAUCAUACACUGGUUGGUGCACCAAGGAUAAGUGAACAAUGGGUUAUUAGCACUGGGGGAUUUGUGGAGCGAGCAUGCACGCUUGGGAGAAUACGAUCCUUACCGAAGACUUUGCUUGAAAUGCAUUUGUGCAAAAAUGUUUCUAAAUCUGAUUCUAAUCUUAUCACCCGUCCACCAAAUGACAAAAAAGCAAGAAGCAAUUGGAGUGAACCCACACCAAAUCAACAGUGCUCCAAAGGGAAUUCGGAGAGAACACCUUCUUUCACGUCAGAAUGGGAAGAAAUUGAUAAAAUCAUGAGUUCAAUAGAUGCUGGAAUUAAUACUGGACUGGGGGAGAUGAGUGAUCACACUACAAGACCCCGAUGCCCUGUCCAGACAGUGGGACAAUGGUUGGAAAAUAUUGGGCUACCUCAGUAUGAAAACCACUUGCUGGCUAAUGGAUUUGACAAUGUGCAAUUUAUGGGAAGCAACGUGAUGGAGGACCAGGAUCUCUUGGAAAUAGGAAUCCUUAAUUCUGGGCACAGACAGAGAAUACUCCAAGCAAUCCAGCUUCUCCCAAAGAUGAAGCAGAUCGGUCACGAUGGCUACAACCCCACCUCUGUAGCUGAAUGGCUGGAUUCCAUUGAACUGGGUGACUAUACCAAAUCCUUUCUAAUUAAUGGCUAUACAUCGAUGGACCUUGUGAAAAAAAUCUGGGAGAUUGAAUUAAUUAAUGUCUUAAAAAUUAGCUUGAUUGGCCACCGGAAGCGCGUUCUGGCAUCUUUGGGAGACAGGCUUCACGAAGAUCCUCCUCAGAAACCACCUCGGUCAAUAACCCUCAGGGAACCCAGCGGUAACCACACUCCUCCUCAGUUGUCUCCAUCACUUAGCCAAAGCACUUUCACUACUGGUGGCUCCCUGGACGUUCCCCACAUUAUCAUGCAGGGCGAUGCAAGGAGAAGAAGAAAUGAAAACUAUUUUGAUGAUAUUCCCCGGUCAAAGCUGGAGAGGCAGAUGGCACAGCAGUCUUCGGUCUGUGAGAUCUGGACCAACCAGAAUGCAGGAUAUCCUUUCUCAUCGAUUCAUCAGGUUCAUAAUACAGGAGACUGGGGAGAGCCUUCAAUUACCUUGCGACCUCCAAAUGAAGCCACAGCAUCAACGCCUGUACAAUAUUGGCAACAUCAUCCAGAGAAACUCAUCUUCCAGUCAUGUGAUUAUAAAGCAUUUUAUUUAGGUUCUAUGCUGGUAAAAGAGUUAAGAGGCACAGAGUCAACACAGGAUGCAUGUGCAAAGAUGAGGAAGUCUACAGAACAAAUGAAAAAAGUACCAACCAUUGUCCUGUCUGUUUCUUACAAAGGAGUCAAAUUUAUUGAUGCCACAAAUAAGAAUAUCAUUGCUGAACAUGAAAUCCGUAACAUUUCCUGUGCUGCACAAGACCCUGAAGACCUUUCUACAUUUGCGUACAUCACUAAAGACUUGAAGACUAAUCACCACUACUGCCAUGUAUUCACUGCGUUUGAUGUGAAUUUAGCUUAUGAAAUCAUUCUUACCCUAGGACAAGCAUUUGAAGUGGCCUAUCAGCUUGCACUACAAGCACGAAAAGGGGGCCAUUCUUCAACCCUCCCAGAAAGCUUUGAAAACAAACCCUCUAAACCUAUUCCCAAACCACGUGUUAGUAUUCGGAAGUCAGUGCAGAUAGAUCCAUCCGAACAAAAGACUCUUGCGAAUCUACCGUGGAUUGUUGAACCUGGACAAGAGGCCAAAAGAGGCAUUAAUACCAACACUGACAGAAGAAUGACACUAUAUGAAGACUUUUAAAAUUACAGUCCACAAGAGGAGUGAGAAACCUUAUUUUUCACGCAGUUCUCCCUUGUGACUCUGCCACAGUGCUUUCUUUGAUUUCUUAUUUUAGGAUUCUACUUUUUAAAGAAAAAAAAACAAAAGGUCUCUAAACUAAUACUAAUGCUGCCUAUGAGUAGAGUAUUUGAUUGGGGUUUUUAUUUGAAUCCUGGCAGUUUUUAAUUGAAAUAGAACCAGAAUUAAUAAAUAGAUUAUUUGUGAAACCACUGAAUUCAUUAAUAAUUACUGUGUUGAAUAAGGAACUCAUUAAAGUGACAAGAAAUUAGGUACCCUGAUUUCUGUGUGCGCUGAUUUUAUAUGUAAAAAUUGAUGUCCUUUGAUCCUCUACAGAAAUAAGAACCUCUUGCAUUGUAGCAAAGGAUCAGAGUUUUAUGAAUUGAUAGAAAAAGGUAUUAAUAAUGCACAGAAAACAUUUAUUAGAUAUUUUUAUGGAAGAGAAGUACUAUAGGAAAACAUAUGAAUAUUUAUGGAAGGAAGCCAGAUUAAUUAUGAGAAAUAUUGUUUAUUUUAAAGUUAAGUAAACGACUGCUAUUGCAGCAUUAUGAAAAUUGUAAGACUUGUAGCAUCAGUGCACUGGAUGUUCCGUGUAAUCAGUCUGGAAUGAAAGUGGAAUGGUCAUUCUACUGCACCUACAUAUAGUUUAUGCAGUUCAACAUUGCUAUAGCCAUGAAUUCUACUAAUAUUUUUAAAAAAUAAUCUCAGUGGUUCUAAAAAAAAGUCAAAACCAUGGAUUUUGCUAUCAAGAUUUCUGUCACAGAAAGCUUGUUUGAAAGAGUGUUGAUAAAAUUCUAUUGCAAAACAUUUUCUAAAUAAAAAUAUUGAGAAAAAGAAAAAAUUCCAAAGUAAUAAAAAAUGUUUUCAUGGAAAAAAAGUUAAGCAUUUGCUUAAUAUUUGAUUAAAUAAGAUUUACUUACUUUUUCUUUGAAAUGUUUUAAUUUUUUUAAUGUCUGUGGAGUAUUUGUAUAAUACCAUGAUGUAUAUUUAUGUAGAACUGAAAUUAUAACAGUACAAAUAUCAUUAUAGGAGAAAAAUGACAUUUUAACGUAUAUUGUUCUAUCCAGUCAAAUUGUGAAUCAUUUUGAAGUUCAUUAUAGAGAUAUUGAAAAAUUGUGUGGUUGUCUUAAUGUUUUUUUAAUUAUUAUUUCAUAUCCAGCUGAGGUUUUUCAGUUAGAAUCAUCAGUUGGUAUAUUCCAAAAAAUGGAUAAUUGAACUUGGUUUAAACCUGAUAAUUGUAUAUGGUUUAGUUACACCUAAUCAUAGCGCUGAGUGAUGACAUACUUUUAAUACAGUAUUCAAUUUACUUGAACAAAAUAGUUCCUUGUACAUAUUUUUGCCUAUUCACUGUUGAUAUGUACUUAGUCAACUGACAGUAAAAAAAAUAACACUAAAAAUAUGGUACCAAAAGGAAAAUUGUAUAGGAGAACAGUAAAUAGUAGCCUCACUGCAACAAAGACUUAUGUAAAUAUGCUUGGGCUUCCAGUUAUAAAUUUUGUAAUUUUGUCAUUUAUUUAUAUCCUAUAAAAGCACACAAAAUAAAAUGAAGUUGUACAGUC